AAUAUAGAUCACUACUUUCAUUUUCAUGUUGUCAUUUCAACUUGAAUUUUUUUUUAUUGAAUAUUGUUUUAAUUGAUCGAUCUGCUUGUGUUACUAUAUUCACAAAUAUCAUAAACGUUUUUGUGAUGUUUGAUUUUUUCUUCAAAAUAUAAUUAUAAAAUAUUUUUUGGGAAUAUGUGAUGAAACGGCCAGAAAUUUUAAUUUCCCACUGUUGUGCAAUCAUCAAUGUUGCCAUUACAUGCAUACCAGAUAAUACACAGACUGUGCUAAUUUGGUGGAAAUGAAAUCUAGAGGAAACAGAAAUAGAAUGGGUACAGAACAGAAUGUGGCAUCAGAAGAAACGAAAAUGGAGAAAGAUGAACGACUCUCCAAGCGUUUGUGUUACAUUCUUAGAUAUGGUGCUGUAAAAGAGGGACUGAAAUUGUACGAAGGAGGAUUUGUGGAUAUGAACCAGCUCCUUGAAUUAGAACUGAUGCGACAUAACACAAAAGAAGAAGUGUUAAACGAAGCAGAUGUCUCGGUGUCUCACAGGAAUGCCAAGAGAUUCGAAUGGAAGGAGGAAAAUGGGAAGAUGUUCAUUAGGGCAUGUUUCUGUAGGAAUUUUGAAGAGAACCCUUGCCAUGAAGGAUCCAAAGUGCCUACACUUAAAAAUGCCUGUUUACAAUAUGUCUGCAAUAACCUUAAUGACUACGACCUUGAAGACUUUCCAGAUGAGCACCUCAUUAGUAAAAUGAUUCAGAAGAUGAAGAAACAGAAUAAAUUAAACAACACAGCAAUGCGACAAUUGUUAGUUCCGGUUCUUGAACAUCUGGAUUUUUCUGGAAUAUACAUCACAGACAGCACACUAAAGAUAUUGUGGAGAAAUUGUCCAAACAUCCGAGUUCUUAGUCUAAAGGAUUGUGGGUAUCUAAUAACAGACAAUCUCAUGGAGCAACUUGUGAAGAAACUACUCCACCUCGAGUCAUUAAACCUUUGUGCUUGUAAACACUUAACAGACCGGUCAGCGAGUGCUUUGUCUAAACAUGCCAAAAAUCUCAGGGAACUUAAUCUCAGCUGGAUCUCUACAAUCUCUGAAGCAGCUAUCAUAAACCUCAUGACAAAAUGUCCGAAACUUGUGUUCCUGGAUAUUUACGAUCACAAAAUAUCAGCCGAGAGUAGGAGUGUCAUGACUGAUAUUGCAAGACAACGCAAAAUGAAAAUUGUGCUAAAAGGAUUGACAGACCAAGAAAUUGCUCUUGAAAAUCCUUGUUCCCUUCUGCCUAAUUUUGGAAAAGUCUGGUAAAAUGUGUUCCAAAAGGUGUUUAACGUGAUGUGGAUUCCUGUACUAUUCACUGGGUGAUAUGCACACUCUGCAAUUAGUCUUUCUUUUACGAAGGAUUAUUUAUUUGUUUUCAUUGUCAUGUAUUCACAAAAUAACUGACAAAUUUACGUAUAAGGGAUUUGAAGAGAUUACAUUUCAUGUACAUGAACAAUUAACUCGUGAUGGCUGUGAUAUUUUACUCCUUAAGCACAAUUGUAGUUAAAAUAAUGUUCAAUUAAAAAAAAUGUAUUUCUGCUCAGUUACUGCCUUCUUAACCAUUCAUCAAAUUAUACAUUUUUGCAAAUAUUUUUGAGAGCAAGAGACUAGAGGAAGACAUGUAUACAUUUUGAGGUCACCGGUCAGUUUGUCAAAGGUCACCUCACACCGAAAAGCAUCCGUUCUAAAUGUCACCAUUUGACAGGGCUUUAGUUAACUAUGUCAGUUUUCUAGUUAGUUUUAUGAAACCUAUUCCUUAAAUCUAAACAAGAUGCCCACAUGCGACAAUGCUCAACUGAGUCACCUUGGCCCUGCUAUUCUUUUAAAGAUUUCUUAAAAAGAUUUUAACCUUUUUAUAAUCCCAAAUUCUGACCCCAUCUCAUCCCUUUUUUGUUACGACUUGUCUGACCCUGAAUCCAGACAAUGACUUCCAUGGCCUUGCUGUUCAAAUUCGAUCAUGAUUUUAGUCCCACCCUAACCACAGGGUCCAUUGAAUUUGGCAAAGUUUGCAUAUGAUAUGAUUUGAUGUGGCCCCACUACUCUUUGUAAUAGAGUGAUCUUGGGUUAAUGAAUAAAUUUUGCUAUAGAUAUAUGCUUCAAUGUAUUUUACUUUAGAAAAACCUAGAUCCACUCCUUUCUUCCUCUAGCCCUUACAUGUACAUAUAUAGGUGAACACAUUUAAUAGUCAUUACCUUGAGGCAUAUGUCAAAGGUCUCGUAGUGUUUUUGAACUUCAUUGGUUGUGUUUUGUGAAGUUGCUUUUGGUUGGUUUUUAUUGUUUUGGUCAUUGGGUUUUACCGCCAAAAUCGAGCAUUCUUUGUGUAGUUUUGAGAGAGAACAGACUUGAUAUUGACAAAAUUUUGAAAAGACCUUCUACAAAGACUUUUCCAUCUUUUCUGGCAAGUAAUGCAUUACUGAUUAUCCUUAUUGGUAAAUGUCAAUUAAUAUAUCCAGUCUAUAUAGUAUUUGCAGAUUUAAUGAGAUUUCUUUUGCACGAAAUAUUAACUGAGAGAAAGGCUAGAUCUAGAAAGAAUGAUAGUUUUGUUUAAAGCUCUUUGAUUUCAUAAAUCAAUUGCUUAUAUUUAGAGUAAAUUGGUGAAUCUAUCAAGUUACACUUUAUUUUAUAAUCAGAAUAUUUGAUUAACUUGUUCAGAGUGAGCAAUUGAAUUUAAUUUAGACUAUUGUAUGUAAAUUACAGAGUCCAUGUACAUAUCCACAUAGAUAGAUAUAUAUGUACAUGUAUGUGGAAGCCUCUUCCCAUAGAAUGGUAAAUAUAUGAUUUAAGUUUUAAUGAUAAUGUAUUUUUAUGACUAUGGGAGAAAUCUGUUCAUACCAGUAUAUGUACGUGUAACUUUAAGAGUUGUCUCCCUUCAUUGUGAUUUUUUUGAGAUAAGUAAUCCAUCAUCUUGAUGUGAAUUUACAUUCAUUAACCAUAUAAGUAAUAUUGUCAAUUAUUAAUCAAUGCACUCUGUGAUAUCAGUGUUAUUUUACAUGUAUUGCAGGGCUGUAAAUAUGUACUACAUGUGAGAUAUCCUUCACUGUGAUAUUAAAUUCCCUGAACCCAU